UAGUGGAAAUAGUUGGAAUUAUUUUAUAUUUUUAUAAAUAAAUUAAAAAUUGUAGAAAAGAAUUAAGAAAACAACACCAAUAUGUCGGGCGUAGAGGAAACUAAAGUCGAUGGCAAUGUGCCCUCAAAUGUUGAAAAAGUUGAAGAAGCCAAUGAGGUCUCUAGCGCAGCGGCCCAAGAAGAGGUUAAAAAACAAAAGAAACCUAAACCCAAUAAUAAGAAAUUGAGACAAGCUGAAGCUGCUGCCAAAAAAGCCGAUGGUGUAGAAGGUGAGACCCCAGCUGAUGAGGGCAAAACUGAAGUUAAUGGCGAUGCUAACAGCGGUGAUGCUGAAAAGAAGUCGGCCAAUAAAAAGAAGAAUAAAAACAAAGGUAAAGGCCAGAAAAAAGUUCAAACUGAACCCCCCUCCAUUCCCAUUGCUGAUCUGUUCCCCGAUGGCAACUUCCCAGAGGGUGAAAUUAUGCAACAUCCCAAACCCAAACAUAUGCCCGACGAUACUGUAGCCGCCAAUCGUUUUACUUCCGAAGAAAAGCGUGCUCUCGAUCGUGCUCACAAUGACAUCUAUCAGGAGUUGCGUCAAGCGGCUGAAGCCCACAGACAAACCCGUCAAUAUAUGCAGCGUUACAUUAAGCCCGGCAUGUCCAUGAUACAGAUUUGUGAAGAACUCGAAAAUACUGCUCGCCGCUUGAUUGGCGAGAAUGGUUUGGAAGCCGGUUUGGCCUUCCCCACCGGUUGCUCUCUCAAUCAUUGUGCUGCCCAUUACACACCAAAUGCUGGUGACACUACUGUUUUGCAAUACGAUGAUGUGUGCAAAAUUGAUUUUGGUACUCACAUUAAGGGUCGCAUUAUCGAUUGUGCCUUUACGCUGACUUUCAAUCAGAAAUACGAUCCUUUGCUGCAGGCCGUUAAGGAUGCCACCAACACAGGCAUCAAGGAGGCUGGUAUCGAUGUGCGUCUAUGCGAUAUUGGCGCUGCCAUCCAAGAAGUUAUGGAAUCGUAUGAAAUUGAGUUGGACGGUAAAGUUUAUGGUGUGAAGGCGAUACGUAAUUUGAAUGGUCAUUCCAUUAGUCCAUACCGCAUUCACGCGGGCAAAACUGUGCCCAUUGUCAAGGGUGGCGAUUCCACACGUAUGGAAGAAAAUGAAUUCUAUGCCAUUGAGACAUUCGGCUCCACUGGUCGCGGUCUCGUUCACGACGAUAUGGACUGUUCUCACUACAUGAAGAACUUUGAAGCACCCUUUGUGCCAUUGCGUUUGCAAUCAUCCAGCAAAUUGUUGAGUACAAUUAACAAAAACUUCGGUACAUUGGCUUUCUGUAAGCGUUGGUUGGAUCGUGCUGGUGCCACUAAAUACCAAAUGGCUUUGAAGGAUUUGUGCGACAAGGGUGUGGUCGAGGCCUAUCCACCAUUGUGCGAUAUUAAAGGUUGUUAUACCGCCCAAUACGAACAUACCAUUAUGUUGCGUCCCUCUUGUAAAGAAAUUGUUUCACGUGGUGAUGAUUACUAAAUGCAUGAGCAUGAAAUUGUUGUGGAAUAAACAUAAAAGGUUUGUUGUAACAAAUUUCCUGACAGUUUGAAACUGCUAACAGGAUGUCUAGAAAUAUAUAUAUUUUUUCUUUUUAUUACCAUUUUACCCAAAUAUAUACAUAUUUAACAUAAA